AUGGAAAAUUUCGAACGUCUUGUUACAAUCCUCAAGAACUUUGCCAUGGCGGCUAACUCUGAUCCUCCGAUUCCAUUGAUUAGGACACGUAUCAGACUACUAGCUCUUCCACAAAAGGCAUUUGAGAAUGUUUUGAGGCAGAUGGAUUUCAUUUUUGUAUUCGACUUGUCGCUAACAUCAAAGAGAAUCAGAGGCUUGAUUAAGGAGAUGAAUUUUCAAUUUGACUGUGUGGAAAUCAAUAAUAUGCACAGAAGAAAAUCAAUAGUUUUUCGAAAUAACUAUAAGGAGCCCGACCUCAUUUUCCGUUUUGAUGAGAAAUGUUGCGAGUGGGGAUGGCAAAUUCAAAUGGGAAAGCAGGCGAUUUUAGUACGUGGACGGAACAACAUGCAACGUGAAUACUACUGCGAAACAAAAUCAUUCGAGUCAGAUCUCAAACCAAUGCUUGACUAUAUUUCCAGUGUAUUUCGUUUCCGGGCAGGUUUUGCUCAAAUUGAGUUGAAUCAAAGAGCCGCAAAACUCAGAGAGCUCAUUGAACACCCGAUUUUUAACAACCGGUUGGUUAUCCAAUUGUCAGGAUAUUUGAGAGAUGGAUACAGAGGAUUGGAGUCAUUAUUGCAUACUUAUCGAAAUUUGGAAGGACUUUUGAUCAACUUCCAGUUCAUCAGGGGGUACUUUGACUUUAAAGACAUUUUUCAUCUGAAACGUAUCUGCUUUCUGGACGCAAUGUGGAUGACACGUGAAGAUCUUCUGAGUCUUGAAUUCCAGCGCUUGAAAUUACUGUGUCAUAAUCUGUGCGGAGAAGACGUAAACUUGUUCAUCAAGCACUGGCAGGCAGGUGGAAACCCUGGAUUACGUCGUCUGGAUCUGUCGACUGCUUAUGGAAGAAAUAUUGAAAUGGUGAAAGUUCUCGAUGGAUUGAAUGUAGUUCUCUGGGAUAAACAGAGAAGAGACGGAGAUUAUGUCAUGGAUAUGAUCCAAAGUCCCUACACAAUAGACGCUCGCCGUGGGUACGAUAUCGAAAGAAGUGACGGUCUCCUUGCUACAAUUCUCCAGACAGACGUCUCAUUCUAUUUUCUGGUUUGGCACAACCCAUUCAAUACUCAAUUUUCUUAUCCGAAUAAGGCUUAUCGGAUUGUUAAUAAUCUGUAA